AAUUCAUUCCAGGGUACACUAAGCAGCGAUCCAUCAAUAACAAAAUGGGGGGGGGGGGGGGCAAACCAGUCCCACUUUCGAAAGUGAUCACAAACUGAUAAAAGCGGAACCUCGCCCUAUCCUUAUGAAAGACCUGUAUCUACCCGUGCCAUUUUUAUGACAGUAUAUUGCUCAUCAACUUUUGCUAUUCUUCGUCACUCUUGGUUUGAAACUCGUCGAGUUCAUACUGACACGUUGCCGUUGGGUAGUUCUCUCGACUUUGGCUACUACUGAGAAGCAGAAACUCUUCAAAUAUGCGUGAAAUAGUCCAUGUUCAAGCAGGCCAGUGCGGUAACCAAAUUGGAGCCAAGUUCUGGGAGGUUAUUUCUGGUGAACAUGGCAUCGAUCCUUCAGGCAGCUACAAUGGCGAUUCCCCGCAACAGCUUGAGCGCAUCGACGUCUACUACAACGAGGCCAACGGUGGAAAGUACGUACCAAGGGCCGUGCUCGUCGACCUCGAGCCUGGCACCAUGGACGCGGUCCGAUCUGGGCCCUUUGGGUUCAUCUUCAGACCAGACAACUUCGUCUUUGGUCAGAGUGGCGCUGGGAACAACUGGGCCAAGGGUCACUACACAGAGGGCGCUGAACUGGUUGACUCCGUGAUGGAUGUUGUUCGGAAGGAAGCUGAAACCUGUGACUGCCUUCAGGGAUUCCAACUGACCCAUUCCUUGGGAGGAGGAACAGGUUCCGGUAUGGGUACACUUUUAAUAAGCAAGAUCCGGGAAGAGUUUCCAGAUCGCGUCAUGAAUACCUUCAGUGUGACUCCCUCACCUAAGGUUUCUGAUACUGUCGUCGAACCUUACAACGCUACACUAUCCGUCCAUCAGCUUGUCGAGAACACUGAUGAGACGUUCUGCAUCGACAACGAAGCCCUAUACGACAUCUGCUUCCGUACCCUAAAGCUCACCACACCCACGUAUGGUGAUCUAAACCACCUUGUGUCGGCAACCAUGAGUGGCGUCACAACUUGUCUCAGGUUCCCUGGUCAGUUGAAUGCAGAUCUGCGGAAGCUAGCAGUCAACAUGGUGCCAUUCCCUCGUCUUCAUUUCUUUAUUCCUGGCUUUGCCCCUCUAACAAGCCGUGGUAGUCAACAGUAUCGCGCCCUCACAGUUCCUGAGCUCACCCAGCAAAUGUUCGAUUCCAAGAACAUGAUGGCUGCAUGCGAUCCUCGGCAUGGCCGCUACCUAACCGUCGCAGUUAUCUUCCGUGGACGUAUGUCCAUGAAGGAGGUCGACGAACAGAUGCUGAACAUCCAGAACAAGAACAGCAGUUACUUCGUAGAAUGGAUCCCAAACAACGUCAAGUCUGCUGUUUGCGAUAUACCCCCACAAGGCUUGAAGAUGUCUGGGACUUUCAUCGGCAACAGCACCGCCAUCCAGGAGCUCUUCAAGCGCAUCUCUGAGCAGUUCACCGCUAUGUUCAGACGAAAGGCCUUCCUUCAUUGGUACACUGGUGAGGGUAUGGAUGAGAUGGAGUUCACUGAAGCUGAGAGCAACAUGAAUGACUUGGUAUCUGAGUAUCAGCAGUACCAGGACGCCACGGCUGACGAUGACGGGGAUUUCGAUAACGAAGAGCCAGAGGAAGAAGAGGAAGAAUUCGACUCUUAAAGUCACUCGGCAACCAUAACUUAUCCAUUAACCUCAUAUUAAGUAUGAUAAAUAUACAACUGGGGAGGGGGUCGGAAUGCAAGAUACUUGACCUACUUUUUCAGUUACACCAGCUAUAAACUUAGCUCUACCCAAGAGCUACUUAACUAUCUAAAAGAAAAAAACGUAUAUGAGCAUUUAUCUUUUUAUUUCGGCGUUCAUAUAACAAAUAAAGAGUUAAACAAUGUUUUUUUUUACUAUAGGCUAAUUGCGUCUAAAGAAAACCCGCAUAGACUUAUAAAAAUGUAAUACAAUAAACAAUAUAAACAUUACAAAAUCAAUAAGAAUUCUUACGUAUAAUCAAUGAAAUAAUAAAUACAUGGAACACCUUAUAAACAAGCGCGAUUAAAUAAGAGGUACAGUCUUUCAUAUUCGUUGAAACGACGCGCGUCGCGACGCUUUUUGGAAGACGAGGCCUGGGAGACGAGGACUUUAGUCUACUGGCCAGUGUGGUCUUCAUUAUUGCUCGCGAGGGCGUAGUGCAAUAAUGUGCAAUGAAAGAAUAUGAUCAAAGAAGUGGUAUGAUGGGCAUCUCACAACACACAUGUAUUUUGAUAGUCAUAAGUCAAUUUGGGUCUUAAAUUUGAUAUGAAAUAAAAUCCAACAGAUUGUGUAUGAUAGAUCAUGUAGGCAAGACGUUGUCUUGUGACCCGUUUCAUAAAACUUAUACUAACUUGUUAUAGAAAUUGUGCAUUUUUUUAUAAGAAUAAGCCUUUCUGUGACCAUGGUAACGGGAUGGACCCUGUAUUUCUCUCUGACGAGAUGUUCGUCCGUUGACCAUGCUCGAUCACUCUAUCUCAAAAUUUUCUUUUGCUUAUUAGAGUACACUCAGAAAACAUUACUCAAAUAAAAUAAACCAUGAUUGUUUUUACAUUAUUUUGUUACUGAGUCGCACCAUGUGGAUAGAAAUUUGAUUCUUCAGCUGAGAAGCGAAUACCAAAAAUAAUACAAUAUUUUGAAGUACAAUGCAAUACUAACGAUUUUCAAGAUUAAAGAAUUUUCGAUUUCAUCAUGUUA